CUCGGCCUCGCCGUCCUCACCCACCUUCUCUUCUCCGUCGUCUCCCCCCUGACCUCCUCCGUCUCCUCCGCCAGGCCUGCUCCCAAUUCCCAAAGCGAUCGAGCUCUAGAGUCCACCGCCCCGCCGCCACCGCAACAGCAGCAGCUAGCCGGAUCGAUGGGGUGCGGCUUCUCGUCGUCGUCGCUGCGCCCGUGCGCGGGGGUCCGCGUCAUCCACACCAACGGCUACGUCGAGGACUUCCUCGGCCCGGGCGUCGUCACCGUCGCGCACGUCACCGGCUGCCACGGCGGCGCCGCCGACAGCGCCAAGGGCCCCGGCGCCGCGUCGUCGUCCUCCCCGCCGCGCUUCGUGCUGUGCUCGGCGGCGCACCUGCUGCAGCCCGGGCGCGGGCCCUUCCGCCCCGACGACCCGCUCCAGCCGGGCACCGUCUACUUCCUGCUCCCGCACUCGGUGCUCCAGUCCGAGUCCUCCGCCGUCGACCUCGCCUGCCUCAUGAACCGCCUCACCGCGCUCGCGCGCAAGGGCGCCGCCACCGCCGCGCCCGCGCCCAGCCCCGCCGAGGCGCUCUUCGCCGCCGCCGCCACGCCGCCGCGGGCGCCCAAGGAGAAGGAGCCCACCGCGUCGCCGGCGCGGCCCGCGCCCUGGAGGCCCCGCCUCGACCGCAUCGACGAGUCCAUCGGCCGCGCCUCCAUGCGCAGCAGCGCCUCCAGCCGCAGCGCCUGCAGCGAGGCGUGAUGAUGCCGUCGCCAUCAUCCAUUGUUAGGCUUCCAUUGGUUGUUAGUUAGAUUUCUCUCUUCUUUCUCUCUUGUAAUCUAGCACAUGCAUGCUGGUUUUGUGUUUGUUUGUACCAUCCAAAUGGAUUCAUCAAUGAUGUAAAAAAAAAUCGCACAGCAACUUGCUUGGAGUUUCAGAUGA